AUGCGAACCAGAACGCGCGAACCAGAACUCCAUCGUAGCUCCGCGCACCACCACCGCGAACCUUCUCCGCAACGCAUCCGCCAGCGCGAACAGCGCGCAGCUUCUCGCUACUGUUCCUUGGAGGAGAACAGGGCGACUGCCCCUGUGUUCGGUCCUGAGCCACGACCUGCAGUCAGGGAGUGGAGCCUGGAGGACUUUCUGAAACAUCACCCGACGAAGUUUGACGGGAAGACCAGUCCUGACGCCGCAGACCAAUGGCUGAAGGACCUAGAGCGCAUCUAUGACGCCAAGAUGUGCCCUGCGGAGAACAGGUUGGCGUUCUUAGUUUAUAUGCUCACGGGGAAGGCGGAGCAUUGGUGGAGCAGCACCAGAUCCAUCUUAGAGGAGAGAGAUGACCCAGUGACAUGGGAAACUUUCAGGGAGAGAUUCCUAUCCGAGUACUUUCCUGACAGCAUCCGGGAGGGUUACCGUAGGUGCAACAACUGUGGCAAGGAAGGCCACUUUGGGAGAGAUUGCCCCAACCUUGCUAGGGCGGCGACACGCCCUCCAGUUCAGGCACCCCAGCAGCAUCAGGGGAGGGACAAAGGCAACAGGCCUCAGGCGACGGGCAGAGUCUAUGCCAUGACCGGAGCUGAGGCUGCAGGUUCAGGUAACCUUAAGAAGGACGGGAGUUCACGCCUGUGUGUGGAUUACAAGCAACUGAACAAGAUGACUAUCAAGAACAAGUAUCCGCUUCCGAGGAUUGACGACUUCAUGGAUCAGUUACAUGGGUCAUCAGUGUUCUCGGAGAUAGAUCUGCGAUCAGGUUACCACCAGAUUUUGGUAAAGGCUGAUGAUGUACAGAAGACAGCCUUUAGAUCCAGGUAUGGCCACUACGAGGAUGUGGUUAUGCCUUUUGGCGUGACCAAUGCCCCAGCGGUGUUCAUGGACUACAUGAACAGGAUCUUCCGACCUUUCCUAGAUAAGUUUGUCGUAGUCUUCAUAGACGACAUCCUUAUCUAUUCCAAGACUCAGGAGGAACAUGCAGAACACCUGAGGUUGGUGCUUGGUGUUUUGAGAGAGAAACGGCUGUAUGCCAAGUUGUCCAAGUGCGAGUUC